CCAAAUCAAAACUUACUGUGUUAGCAGGCUUCUACAUACUGCUGUGACCUUUUUGUUUUUGAGAGUCCAUCCCCACAACUCAAAUUUGAAAGUAGAUCAACCAUAGUUGCAGUAGGCUACACUGUCAGUAGAGGCUGCCUGCUUUAUAUAUCUUUAAUGUCUGGACCAAAUAAAUUAUCUCUGACCUAGCACACUCUCCUGACUCUGUUUUUAUUGUCUGGCAGGAAAACUAUGAAUGAAAUGAGCUGGCGUUCCCUCAGAGCCUUUGCUGAGCUAAAGGACGGAAGCUAAAGAAAAGACAACAGCAACCAGCAGACCUUGUGUUCACCUGCCAUCAUCAUGUCGGCAGACACAGACCCGGACCCCCCACAGUUUGUGAAUCCCCCGCCUCCUGAGGUGACCAACCCCACCAGGCCAGGGCGAAGGACCAACCAGCUGCGAUUCAUGCAGAAUGUAGUGAUCAAAUCCCUCUGGCGGCACCAUUUCUCCUGGCCUUUCCACCAGCCUGUUGAUGCAGUAAAACUUGGACUACCAGAUUAUCACACUAUAAUAACAUCACCCAUGGACCUGGGAACCAUCAAGAAACGUCUAGAGAACAACUACUACGAGAGUGCAAGUGAAUGUAUGCAAGACUUCAACACCAUGUUCACCAACUGCUACAUAUAUAACAAGCCUACAGAUGACAUAGUGCUGAUGGCCCUCGCCAUGGAGAAGGUUUUCUUGCAAAAAGUCGCCGCGAUGCCACAGAAAGAAGAGGAGAUUUUUCCUCAUGCAGCCAAAGGGAAGAGCAGAAAAAGUAGCAGUCCAGGUGCACAGAAUGGAAGUCUGACGCCCACAUCUCAGCCAAGCCUCAGCUGCACACUCUCCGGCUCAUCCUCAACGCCCAAACACCCUCCACGGAGCUCCACAAAACGGAAGCUAGACAGCACUACCGAUUGUUCCUCAGCAGCCACGGCCAGUUUGAGUGAUUUAUCGGGAAGCAAGAGGAGACGUGACCGCACAGGCCGAGCAAUCAAUCCCUCUAUGAAGGACUUUGAAGACAAUGAGUUGCCACAACAAGAAAGUGAACAAGGCAGACUGAGCGAACAGCUUAAGUACUGCAACAAUAUCCUGGUGGAAAUGCUGUCUAAGAAACACAAAGCCUACGCCUGGCCUUUCUACGAGCCGGUCGAUGUCGAAGCUCUGGGGAUACACGAUUACCACAACAUCAUCAAAUACCCCAUGGACCUCAGGACGGUUAAGAGAAAGAUGAAUAGAGGAGAGUACCAGGAUGCUCAAGGCUUCGCUGCAGACGUCAGGCUCAUUUUUUCCAAUUGCUACAAAUACAACCCUCCACAUCAUGAUGUCGUCGCUAUGGCCAGAGUACUACAGGGUGUGUUUGAGCAGAGGUUCGCAAAGAUGCCAGAUGAGCCGGUGGAGCCGCUCCCACCAGCAACGGCUGCAGGUUUUAGUGGGAUAAGCACCAACAGCUCCUCCAACUUAAACGACUCAGACGUAAAAGUGGAGCAUGCCACCAGACUUGCUGAGUUGCAGGAGCAGGUGGGUGCAGAACAGCUUAAGCUCUCUGCACUCUCUGAAGUCCCUGUGAUUAAACCAAAGAGGAAAAGGGAAAAGGAUAAAAAAGCGGAACGCAGGCAACAUAAAGACAAUUCAAAUCCCAACUCCAGAAAGCCGUGGAAGAGAAGCAAAGACUGGGAUUCAGAUGAUGAAAGUCUGCAGAUGACGUACGAAGAGAAGCACCAGCUGAGCCUUGACAUUAACCGGUUACCUGGCAUUAAGCUGGGCCGCGUGGUGCGCAUCAUCCAGACACGAGAGCCGUCAAUGCGCGACACCAACCCAUACGAGAUCGAGAUUGACUUUGAGACGCUGAAGCCGUCCACUCUGCGUGAGCUGGAGCAGUACGUCAGGGCUUGUCUGCGCAGGAAGUUCAAGAAAUUUCAAAAAAAAAGCAGCCAAGUCCGAUGCAGCAGCUCUUCAGAUUCUGCCACCAGCGGCUCCAGUGCCUCCGGUUCAGAACACAGUGAUUUGUAACUUCAUUUUAUUUAUUUCUUCUGUUGUGACCAAAAAAAGUGCCUUUAAAAUGUUAAUCAUGCUUAUAUUUGUAUUUGUUUAUAUGUUUAAGUAUUUGAAAAAUUAAACCUCCCACACAGUUUUUCUAUUCUAUUUAUAUAUAAAUCGCAGUAUCCACCACUGGUGUUACUUAUCAGACAAUAUAAAUUCACAGCAUAGCUUGGGGGCUGGUGAUCCUUUCAUAACAUCUGAGUUUCAACCAAUAUCCUGCCUCUGUCACUCCUUUUGUCCAUACUGUUUAAUUACAGAAAAGGCCUUUUCUUCAAAUCCAAUGUGGAUAUGCAAUUGUUCUUUCAAACAUCCAAUUGUUGCAUGAAACCACACUCAAAAGAGCUGUUACAGUUGACAGAAGUGUCGUUUAGCAUCUUAUUAUGAAUGAUUUCAUCAUUUCUACUGUAGCACAUGAUCAGAAAAAAAGAGAUCUAAAGGGCCACGGGGAAAACAACCACUCCAAGCUAACUGCAAAGUUAAAAGGGAAACUGUUUGGGAAUGUAACAGAGAUUUUUAUCUUUAUCAGAUCAGUACGGUUGAUUAGAGAGAAGGGAGAGACUGGAUAGAAGAAUGUUGCUUCCUCAAAAUCAAUCCGUGACGCUUUAUUUCUCACCUGUGUCAGACAUAUGUGUCCGUUAAAGUUGUGGAAGAAAAAGCUUUUGGUUGGUUGGUCAAAUGUGGAAAUGUAGGUGGCUUAAGAGUUAGAGAGCACACAUACACAUACAUGUGAUUCACAUCCUUGUAGGACCAGGUCUGAAAUCUGUCGUAGUUGUGUGUUUCGGCCUUCAUUCUGACUGUGUCCAGGUUGUAAUGGCUCUGCUGUUUGAGAUACAAGUCACCACAAAAAUCAGUAGUCCCAAUCAUAUUAUCAUUGAUUCAUAAUACAUCUAUGACAGUUGGAGCUCUUAAAGUGAAAUUAUCUGUGUUUCCCAGAAGUUUAUUGUAAUAUAUAUUGUAUUUUUUGGGAUGGUGUUGCUAUACCAAAUAACCAUGCAGGUCCAGUCAGAGGGAAAAUGCAUGUAUUCUUUACUUUGCCUUACCUGAGUGCAGAAUUACCCUCCUAUGUUCCAUUUAGUAUUAAUGAGCAUUAUGUAAGAAUUUGUUAAACUGUUUCUACACUGUAACGCAGUGCGUAUUAAUAUAGUUGUCAACUACUUUAACUCCUUCUGUGAAGCAGGUAAAGUGUUUACCAAUCUUUGCCUGUUUCAUACAUUAUGUGGCUAUUUGAAAACUUGGCUGAAAGACAAAAGUAAUAAAAGGGAUAGUUUGGAUGUUUUGGCGUGUGUUAAAGUUUCUCAGAAUAUUAUCACCACUUUUCUAUACCAUUAUAUAGUCCAGUUUAAGUUGACAUGUUAUGAAGUGUCGCUGCUCUAUGCUCUCAUCAGAGCUACCUGACUCCAUUGACAAAAAAUGUUAUUUUACUUAGCAAAACACAGGAGUUGAUGGUCUACCACUGCCUUGACCAGUUAGUUUAUUUGUGUUAUUGUGUUUUCAAGAGUUUGUUUGGAUUCACCAAAGUCACACAAUAACACAAACAAGGUAAAUGAUUGAGGCAGGUGUAGUGCAGCAACUCCUAUGUUCUACAGCAGGGAUGGGCAACUUAAAUACUGGAGGGGGCCACAAUUUUUCAUCAACACUACCACAGGGCCACAUAUAGGACCGUGCACUUCACCAGAUAUGAUGAAUCUGCAAUUUUAAAUAUGUUUACAGUGCAGUAACUUAACAUAUUUCAUGCUCAAAUGCAUGUUUAACAGUAUAAAUAGGAAUACAAAAGGUUUGAAGCAAAUAAAAAAUAACCACUUACUGUGAUUUCUUUUUUUUUUCAGUGUAAAAACAGCAGACCAAAAUUAAUUGCAAGAAGUAAUUUUGUGCAUUUUGACACUGCACUUUUAAGAUUUCAUACUCAAAUGCAUGUAGUUGUACUGAGGGCCACUUCAAGUGAGGGUGCGGGCCAUAUGCGGCCCCCGGGCCUCCAGUUGCCCAUCCCUGGUCUACGGGGUUAAAUAUCUGUUUUUGUCUAUGGAGUCUGGUGGCUUUGACUACUAGAGCAUCGAAUGGCUUUAUUUCCCUCUGCAUGAACUUAAACAGGGCUGACAGCAAGGUAAAAAGGUGAAAAUAUUCCAUACAGAUAUUUAUUUGAUAUUUUAUUUUAUUUAUUUAUUUUUUACAGUUGCUAUAAUACAUUUUGCUGCUGCCUCCAUCCUCAGCAGUAGCUUCUGUAUCUGCACUCCUGUCUGAAUCUCUAAACUGGGGGCAUGCUGACCGCCAUCUACUCCAGAUAACACACUACUUAUGGAUAAGAAUCUCAUACAACCCCACUUAAAAAAAGUCCAAACUAUCCCUUUAAUGAUGUGUCUCAUAGUUACAUAGAUGUAACACUAAGACGUUUAUUGUUGUUAUGCUUCAGUACUUAAUUUAUGUAACUGUUCAAGUUCAACCUUUUAUUUUUAUUUAUCUAACAUUUAUUUUUUACUUUAUCUCUGUUCUGAAUUUUAGUCCAUCAUGAUCGUUUUCAUUUCACUUUCACCGUUUUUGCCAUCAUUGGUUAUUGUUGUAAGCAGAGCAGUACAGAAACUGUUCUGCUGAAUGACCUUUGUGGAGGUUCACACCAGUAUUUUGCAUGUUGUACUAGUACAUUUACAAUAAAUUAUUUACACUGAAUAUUAUCA